CGGGCCCCGAGCGCUGGGCGGCGGGGGACGCACCUGCUGCUGCCGGGGGGCGCCUUCGACCCGCCAGCCCCUCCAGCCGGGGGCUCGGCGCCCGCACCCCGGCGCGCCCCGCGGGGUCGCCUGCCGCAGGUCAGCACGAGGGCCCAGCCGCCGCGCCAUGCCGGGCCCCAGCUCGGCAUGAACAGCCACAGCCACAAUGGCAGCGUGGGGCGGCCGCCGGGCCUGCUGGGCCGCGAGCCCACGGAGCCCGAGGCCGGCCACCCCGCCGCCCCGUCGCUGCCCGGCCUGCAGGUGGUGGUGGCCGGCCGCGAGCCCCGCGGCCCGCGGCAGGAGCAGGACGCCGAGGCCGAGGACGAGGACGACGAGGACGGGCCGGGCAGGCCGUCGGGGAGGCCGCCCGCCGCGGGCCACCGCCUGGGCCACCGCCGCGCGCUCUUCGAGAAGCGCAAGCGCCUCAGCGACUACGCGCUCAUCUUCGGCAUGUUCGGCAUCGUCGUCAUGGUCACCGAGACCGAGCUGUCCUGGGGCGUGUACUCCAAGGAGUCUCUGCAUUCUUUCGCUCUCAAAUGCCUCAUCAGCCUGUCCACUGUCAUCCUCCUGGGACUUGUGGUCCUGUACCACGCACGUGAGAUCCAGCUGUUCAUGGUGGACAACGGCGCGGACGACUGGCGCAUCGCCAUGACGUGCGAGCGCGUGUUGCUCAUCUCGCUGGAGCUGGCGGUGUGCGCCAUCCACCCGGUGCCAGGCCACUACCGCUUCACGUGGACGGCGCGCCUGGCCUUCACGUACGCGCCGUCGGUGGCCGAGGCCGACGUGGACGUGCUGCUGUCCGUGCCCAUGUUCCUGCGCCUCUACCUGCUGGGCCGCGUGAUGCUGCUGCACAGCAAGAUCUUCACAGACGCCUCGAGCCGCAGCAUCGGCGCGCUCAACAAGAUCACCUUCAACACGCGCUUCGUCAUGAAGACGCUCAUGACCAUCUGCCCCGGCACCGUGCUGCUCGUCUUCAGCAUCUCGUCCUGGGUCAUCGCCGCCUGGACCGUGCGCGUGUGUGAGAGGUACCACGACAAACAGGAAGUGACCAGCAACUUCCUGGGGGCCAUGUGGCUUAUCUCCAUUACCUUCCUGUCCAUCGGCUACGGCGACAUGGUCCCGCACACCUACUGCGGGAAGGGUGUGUGUCUGCUCACUGGCAUCAUGGGAGCUGGCUGCACCGCGCUCGUGGUGGCCGUGGUGGCCCGGAAGCUGGAACUGACCAAGGCUGAGAAGCACGUGCAUAACUUCAUGAUGGACACUCAACUCACCAAGCGGAUCAAAAACGCCGCUGCUAAUGUUCUCAGGGAGACGUGGCUCAUCUACAAACACACCAGGCUGGUGAAGAGGCCUGAUCACGCCCGGGUUCGGAAGCACCAGCGUAAGUUCCUCCAAGCCAUCCAUCAGCUGCGGAGCGUGAAGAUUGAGCAAGGGAAGCUGAACGACCAGGCUUCCACCCUGGCGGACCUGGCCAAGACCCAGAACGUCAUGUACGACCUCGUGUCCGAGCUGCACGCCCAGCAGGAGGACCUGGAAGCCCGCUUGCUGGCCCUGGAAAGCCGCCUGGACGCUCUCAGCUCCUCCCUCCAGGCCCUGCCUGGCCUCAUCGCCCAAGCCAUACGCCCACUCCCACCACCCCUGCCACCCUGGCUCGGCCCAGGCACCCCGGACCAGGCUGCCUGGAGCCCUCCAUGCAGCUGGCCGCCUGUGAGCCCUUCGGACUGCGGGUGACGGCCCUGCCUGCCACCGGACACCUCAAUCUUGGCCAUCGUGUGGCCGCCACCACCUCCUCCAUGCCGCAGGCCAGGGGCAGCCCUGGGCAGCCUCUGGCACGUCUUGGGGUCCCGGAAGCUGAACUGAGUUGGACCAAGUGGACCAAGCCGAGUGGACCAUGGGCACAGGACAUAGUGGGGUGGGGGGAGCCCGGAGCUGCCGUCCCCACCCUGCAUCGACUCCCCAGGCCCCUGGUGGGCACAGAACAGCCAGGAAGAGAUGGACGACCGACUGACCGACCGACCGACCAUGGGGUCCUGGCCAUUCUGAAUAAA